AGCUGGGAACGAGCGAGCGAGCGGGGGCGCGAGGCGUUUACCUGGAGGCAGCGGCUUGGGCGCGCAGAGCGGCCGCGGCUCCCCCGCACCUGCGGCCAUGGAUGAGGAGCGCGCCCUCUACAUCGUCCGGGCCGGCGAGGCGGGGGCUAUCGAGCGGGUCCUGAGGGAUUACAGCGAUAAGCAUAGGGCUACUUUCAAAUUUGAAUCAACAGAUGAAGAUAAAAGAAAGAAACUCUGUGAAGGCAUAUUUAAAGUCCUUGUAAAGGACAUCCCAACAACAUGUCAAGUGUCCUGCCUGGAAGUUCUCCGCAUUCUCUCCAGAGACAAAAAGGUUUUAGUUCCUGUAACAACCAAGGAAAAUAUGCAGAUACUGCUGCGACUAGCCAAGCUAAAUGAGUCGGAUGAUUCUUUGGAGAAGGUGUCCGAGUUCCCAGUUAUUGUGGAGUCGUUAAAAUGUCUGUGUAACAUAGUGUUCAACAGUCAGAUGGCACAGCAGCUCAGCCUGGAACUUAACCUUGCUGCAAAGCUCUGUAACCUCCUGAGAAAGUGCAAGGACCGAAAGUUUAUCAGUGACAUUAAAUGCUUCGACUUGCGCUUGCUCUUCCUCCUGUCACUUUUGCACACCGACAUCAGGUCACAAUUGCGCUAUGAGCUCCAGGGACUAGCGCUGCUAACCCAGAUCUUGGAAAGUGCCUUUAGCAUCAAGUGGACCGAUGAGUAUGAAUCGGCCAUAGACCGUAACGGACCUCCUCUCUCACCUCAGGAGACAGACUGUGCCAUCGAGGCCCUCAAAGCUCUCUUCAAUGUGACAGUAGACAGUUGGAAGGCACAUAAAGAGAGUGAUUCUCAUCAGUUCCGUGUCAUGGCAGCUGUCCUUCGCCAUUGUUUACUAAUUGUAGGUCCAACUGAAGACAAAACAGAGGAGCUGCACAGCAAUGCAGUCAACCUUUUAAGCAAUGUUCCGGUCUCUUGUUUGGAUGUUCUCAUUUGUCCAUUAACCCAUGAAGACACAGCCCCAGAGGCAACGACUCUGGAUGAACUGCCCAAUGAUAAAACAGCUGAGAAAGAAGCUGUUUUGAAAAACAAUACCAUGGUAUACAAUGGUAUGAAUAUGGAAGCCAUUCAUGUUUUACUCAAUUUCAUGGAGAAGAGAAUAGACAAGGGAAGCAGCUAUAGAGAAGGUCUAACUCCAGUUCUCAGCUUAUUAACAGAAUGUUCCCGAGCCCAUCGAAACAUCAGAAAAUUUCUCAAAGAUCAGGUUUUACCACCUUUGAGGGAUGUGACAAAUCGUCCUGAAGUUGGCUCAACUGUGAGAAAUAAGCUGGUGCGCCUCAUGACACAUGUUGACCUUGGAGUCAAGCAAAUUGCUGCUGAAUUCCUUUUUGUCCUUUGCAAAGAGAGAGUGGAUAGCCUGCUGAAAUACACUGGCUAUGGGAAUGCUGCAGGACUGUUGGCGGCCAGGGGCCUCUUGGCUGGAGGAAGAGGAGAUAAUUGGUACUCAGAGGACGAGGACACAGACACUGAAGAAUACAAAAAUGCAAAACCAAACAUUAAUCUUAUCACUGGUCAUUUAGAGGAACCAAUGCCAAACCCCAUAGAUGAAAUGACAGAAGAACAAAAAGAAUAUGAAGCCAUGAAACUUGUCAACAUGCUUGAUAAACUCUCCAGAGAGGAGUUGCUUAAACCAAUGGGACUAAAACCUGACGGGACAAUAACGCCUUUGGAGGAAGCACUCAACCAGUACUCGGUCAUCGAAGAGACCAGCUCUGACACAGACUAAAAGCGUCACCUGCCCAACUCUCAAUAUUGCUUUUAUCGGCAUCUUUUCUCUGUAGCUCCAGGGGAGUCUUUUCUCUAAAACAUUUAUGCCCUUGCUUUGGCUAGAAACACAUUAACUGGUUUACUCAUUGAGAAUCCAGCAUAUUUAAGAGGUGAUCCUGUGUUUUUGCGAUACCGAGGCAUUCGUACAGAGCGGCAGUUAGAUGGAGUCGCAGGGGCUAAAAACACAGACAAAGAGGAAUUCCAUUUCAUCAGGAUGGGACUGAAAGGACUUCGUUGUGCAAAGCAGCCCUGGUUGAAUCUGGCCAUUCUGUUUGCCAAGGUUCUUAGAAGAUUUAGUCGCGUCCUUCCUCUCACUUGUGAAAGCCGCCCUCCGGAAUCUCUCCAGCAGUCGGAGGGAGGCACGUGAGAAGCAGAACGAGCUGCUACAUAAGGGCUGAGGCAAGUGACUUCUUAGGUCGGGACUGACUACGUGGCAGCCAAGCAGCUGCUCCAUAAACCUAGCCCCACUCUUCAUUUCAAUUUUGUAUAAAAAUGUGGAAAUGCACACACAGACACGCGCGCACACAGCCCCAGACUUGCAAACUGAGUACAUUCUGAAAGUUUGUAUGUCGCUUAUCUAGAACUUCAGAAUACAUUUCUCCCCAUAAAGGGUUAUAAAUGAUGGUUUAGUUCUGAGGCAGCUACAAAUGCCUAUUUAUUCCCUUAUGUACCUUAACACUAGAACCGCAGAACUGAGCCCCCGUCUGUAGCACCGCGUGGGAGCGUGCAUUCUGAGGUCUAACCCCGGGUGCCUGGAACACACGUCCUCCAAUCCAGCGGCGAGGAUGGGGACUCCCCGAGUACGGGGGGUUCCGGUGUGGCCUCUGCCGGGGGUAGAGGGAGUCAGCGGCACCCGUCUGUACAUAUAGGCCAUUCAUAUGUCACAGGUUUUAACUUGGGGACCGUGUGUGCGCGCCUGUGUGUGUGUUCAGCCUUUCUACCCUAUGUGAUCAGUUUAAUGGUAACUUUAUUUAUUAAAAAAAAAAAAAAA